AUGCAAUGGAGAAAUCUAGUUUGGAGUAGAUAUUCUAUUCCUAAAACUAGAAUCAUUUGUUGGCUCAUGGCUCUAGGUAAGCUCAGAACCAAAGAUAAUCGUCAUAGCAUUGGAGUUACUGAUGAUGAUUUAUGUCUACUUUGUGCAACUGCAACUGAAACUAGUGCUAACUUGUUCUUUGAGUGCUCUUUCAGUAACCUUUGCUUGGAUGGAAUCAAACAAUGGACAAGAGUCAAGCUGAAGUCUGUUAGCACAAUGGAUACCCAAAAAUUUAAGCUCAAUAGAUUCCAACAACAGAUUCGUUGUGCCAUCUACACUUCAACAGUGUAUUAUAUCUGGACAACCAGGAAUGAUGCGGUUUGGAGUGGUUAUGUUAAUAGACCUGAUCAGAUAGUCUGUCGAAUCAAACAAGAGGUAAAGGCUAGAAUUGCUGUAAUCUCUAAUGGAAAGCAGUUUCCUUGGCUUUAG